CGCGACCUCGGGAUCUCAUGAUUGCCUGUGCUGCCUGUGCUGCCUCUGCGGCCUCUGCGGCCUCUGCGGCCGCCCAAUAGUCGGCAGAUCCCAGUCAGCAGUCGCGGUCUGUCAGCCCAUCCUUUUUGAUAUUAUUCAUCACCGCAUCAUUAUUCCCGCCUUGCUUUUCCCCAACCAUCAUCCGCCCGUGUGGACCCUGGGUCGAGAGUCAACUGCCUCCGAAUUUUCUGCCCUUCAACUGGCCCAGAUCAGCCCCGAUUGCCUUCCCCACCGUUUUUCUCCGUUGCCUUUUAUUCCUCGGCCCUCGCCUUCGCCUUCGUACUUUAACCUCCCUCCCUCCCUCUCUCCCCGUCCACCGUCCCUUCCCCCCCCCAAUCCAUCUCACAGGGGUAGACGACACGAAGACGCCCUCCCCAAUCAUCAUGUCGGCCAAGCCAGCAGACGCCCGGCCUCGCGCCGCCGCCGCCGACCCCAAGAAGGUCCACGUCGCCGACACCGCCAUCACCGGAAAGAACUGGUACAAGCAUGUCAACUGGCUCAACGUCUUCCUCAUUCUCGGCAUCCCCAUGUACGGCUGCAUCCAGGCCUUCUGGGUGCCCCUGCAGCUGAAGACCGCCAUCUGGGCCGUCGUCUACUACUUCUUCACCGGCCUCGGUAUCACUGCGGGAUACCAUCGUCUCUGGGCUCACUGCUCCUACUCCGCUCGUCUGCCUCUCCGCAUCUGGCUCGCCGCCGUCGGUGGCGGUGCCGUCGAAGGCUCCAUCCGCUGGUGGGCUCGUGACCACCGUGCUCACCACCGUUAUACCGACACCGACAAGGACCCCUACUCCGUCCGCAAGGGUCUGCUCUACUCGCACCUGGGAUGGAUGGUCAUGAAGCAGAACCCCAAGCGGAUUGGCCGCACCGACAUCUCCGACCUGAACGAGGACCCCGUCGUCGUCUGGCAGCACCGCAACUACCUGAAGGUUGUUUUCGGCAUGGGUCUGGCUAUGCCCAUGCUCGUGGCUGGUCUCGGCUGGGGUGACUGGUGGGGCGGUUUCGUCUACGCUGGUAUCCUGCGUAUCUUCUUCGUCCAGCAGGCCACUUUCUGCGUCAACUCCCUGGCCCACUGGCUUGGUGACCAGCCCUUCGACGACCGCAACUCUCCCCGUGACCACGUCAUCACUGCCAUCGUCACCCUGGGUGAGGGAUACCACAACUUCCACCACGAGUUCCCCUCCGACUACCGCAACGCCAUCGAGUGGCACCAGUACGACCCCACCAAGUGGAGCAUCUGGGCCUGGAAGACCCUCGGCCUCGCCUACGACCUGAAGAAGUUCCGUGCCAACGAGAUCGAGAAGGGCCGUCUCCAGCAGCUCCAGAAGAAGCUCGACCAGAAGCGCUCCCGCCUCGACUGGGGUACUCCUCUGGACCAGCUGCCCGUCAUGGACUGGGAGGACUACGUCGAGCAGGCCAAGAACGGCCGCGGCCUGGUGGCCAUCGCCGGUGUGGUGCACGACGUGACCGACUUCAUCAAGGACCACCCCGGUGGCAAGGCCAUGAUCAGCUCCGCGCUGGGCAAGGACGCCACGGCCAUGUUCAACGGCGGUGUGUACUACCACUCGAACGCGGCGCACAACCUGCUGUCGACCAUGCGCGUGGGUGUCAUCCGCGGUGGCUGCGAGGUUGAGAUCUGGAAGCGGGCGCAGAAGGAGGGGGCCGAGUACGUGCGGGACGGCACCGGCCAGCGGGUGAUCCGGGCGGGCGAGCAGGUCACCAAGAUCCCCGAGCCCAUCCCCACGGCGGAUGCCGCGUGAGGUGUUGGCCCCGGACCCCGCCAUGCCCCCCCUUCCUUUGCAUUCUCUUGUAUUAUUUGCGACUGUCGCCCUUUUCCCAUGCUCGUGCGAUGAGCCACCAUCAUAUCUAAUUUAGCACUCGGGGCGUUUGAACAUGUUUGUUAGUGUUUGGAGUUCGGGAGUUGGCCUAUUUCUAGUUGACGGAGCGUGACUGAGUCGACGCCGGGUUUACGCAUUCCCUGAAAAAAAAGCGAUGAGAUGUGACGAGACGAGAACAUUGAUUGUUGAAUCAGAUAGAAUACAUAACAAGAUAUCCAAUCUUUGUCAUG